AUGUCGAGAAGAGCGCCGCCGAACCCGGCCGCGGAGCGAGCUGCCCAGAACCAGCAGACCAUCAAGACCCUACUCAAGCUUGAAGGCAACAAGAGCUGCGCAGAUUGUAAAAGGAACAAGCAUCCAAGAUGGGCGAGCUGGAAUCUGGGAGUCUUCGUGUGCAUACGUUGCUCUGGGAUACAUCGGGGAAUGGGCACGCAUAUUAGCCGGGUGAAGUCUGUGGAUCUGGAUGCCUGGACGGACGAGCAGCUACAGAGCGUACUGCGUUGGGGAAACUCAAGGGCGAACAAGUACUGGGAGGCAAAAUUGGCCGCUGGACACGUACCCUCUGAUGGAAAGAUAGAGAACUUCAUACGGACGAAAUACGAGUCCAAGCGAUGGGUGAUGGAUGGACCAAUGCCAGACCCAGCGACACUGGACGCAGAAGGGGACGAUGAUGUGCCUCUCAAUCUUGUAAAAGAGAAAGCUCAAUUGGAACGAGGAGCGUCACAGCGGGCUGCGUCUACGUCCAGUCAACCGGUCAUUCCUGCGCCAAAAGCAGCCCCUCCUGUCGAUCUGUUCGGCGAUGUACCAGAGCCGCCUGUCAGGCCGAAUACGACAGACGUCCCUGGUCGAUCCGCACCUCCAAAGGCCUCCGCUCCACCCAAGCAAGCGAAAGCUGCAGACUCAUUGCUUGGUCUUGACUUCUUUGGUGGUCCACCAUCCGCCACGUCUGGCAGACCAUCAAGCUCAGCUUCGACACCAUCUGGCUCAGCAGUCCCUUCAAGGCCGGAUCUCAAGCAAUCAAUUCUCUCGUUGUAUGCUUCAGUUCCCAAAACUCAGCCUCCACCACAGCCCCAAAGGCAGCCGUCGUUCGGAGGCAUGCAAUCACCAGCAGCUCAACAACAGUCUAGCUUUGGUGGCCUAGAUGAUGCCUUUAGCGGGUUGAAUUUCAACCCUCCAACAUCAACACCAGCACCGAAGCCCCAGCAGCAACCCAAAUCCGACCCUUUCGCAAGCUUCAACAACGCAGCCACUCAGCGAUCAUCUGUCGCAGCGCCGCAAGUCACAUCUCCACCUCUGGGUGGAGGCUUCUUUGACACAGGUCCGAAGCUAGCUUCAAAACCAGCAAACGCAUCGAAACCUCCGCAGUUACCCCAAGCUAAUCUGACCCCAAGUGCUUCGAAUGAUUUCGGCGACUUCAGCUUUGCAUCUCCUCCCGCCCCUGCAUCAACCAAGCCAGCCACGACGAGUACUUCAAAUGAUCUUUUCGACUUUUCCGAACCAACCCCACCCAGGGCUGCUCCUAAGAAAGCCCAGGCUCCAGUUCCAGCAUCCCCACCGUCCGCAAAUAUCAAUUCAGCCUUCAACCUCUCUGCGCCUGCUGCUCCUUCACAACCCACCCCAAAACCAGCAGCAUCCGCACCACCAGCUAAUACUAACGCAUUUUCCAGCUUCUCGAACAGUACCGACGCCUGGGGCUCUAGUGACGCAUGGGCCACUCCUGAACCUUCCGCCGCCACAACGGCUCCAAAGCCUCAACCUGCUGCCCCUGCCCGAAACCCAUCGAUCCCAAUGUCCACUGACUUCUCUGCAUGGGGCGGUACGCCUGCUUCUUCGAUUGCCCAAUCAUCGGCGCUUGGCAGCGGUUUUGGCAGCACCUCGCGACCUACUCCAAAAGUUGCGCCUGAUGAAGAUUUCGGCGGCUGGAGCAGCGCUGCACCUGCAACUCCCGCUGCAAGCAAUCCUCCACCUGUACAAAACAAGCCUGCUGGUGGAGGGGGUUUUGGUGGUGCUAGUGAGGAUUUGUUCUCGAAUGUCUGGGAGUGA